GAAGUGGUUGGAGUUGCAGAGUCCAGGAGAAGAGAAAAAUACGGAACUGUUUUGUGAACAUACUAUAUGAUUCUCUGCCGCUGAAUCCCUGAUCCAUGCUUUCAUCACCUCCAGAAUCGACUACUGCAACAGUAUUCUCUAUGGUCACCUACUAAAGAGGCAAUCGUCAAGCAGAAGUGGUUGGAGUUGCAGAUUCCAGAUCAUAGCUCAUUUUGAGUGCAAACAGAAACAAGAGGGGACACGUGGAAACGGAGCUUCUGGAUUUUCCACUGAGGAGGUCUUAAAACUGACCUGGGUGCAGCCGGACAGGUCCAAGUGGAUAAGACUGUGACAACCGUUUCCUUCGCUCAGAACCAGAACCGAGCUCCGGUGGCCCCCAGGCCUUCAGAGACUUCAGCAUGCGUGUGAGCUACGCCUCCUUGCUCCUGCUACUGCUGCUGCUCCCAUCCGUGGAGAUGAGAAGAGCAGGAAAGGGACGCGGACUCAGAGGAGCAAGACACAAGCUGGCAAGGGACAGGGUGAGAGGUUCUGGCCGUCACAGCAGAUCUGAUCCCCCUAGACCAGCCAACUGCUCAGAAUCAUCUGGAUCCGGAGGUGUCCUGUUGGAUUGCCAGGACCGUCGCCUCACCUCCAUCCCCACCCCGCAGACCUGGUCCAAAGCACCAAAGUUCCUCCUCCUAGCCCGUAACAGAAUCAAAGUCCUUCGCAAUGAGGCCUUUUCUGGCUACGAGAGUCUGACCAGUCUGGACUUGCAACAGAAUCACAUCUCAUUGGUGGAGGAGGAGGCCUUCCAGGGUCUAACUGGACUUACAACACUGCUGCUGCAACACAACCGCUUGACUUCACUGAGCGAGGAAGCUUUCAUCCCCAUGCCAAACCUACGCUACCUGCGCUUGUAUGACAACCCGUGGAAUUGUCGCUGUCCGUUGGACAGUCUCAUACAGGUCCUUCAGGUCCCAAGCAACCGACAUCUCGGGAAUCACGCCAGGUGCGCAGAGCCCAUUUGGCUUAAAGGGAAGAAACUGAAGCGGGUUGACCCCGAGUUGCUGUGCAAGGAAUCAGAUCCAACCGGCCGGCCGCAGGGUGACCAGACGGAUCCCGCAAACCCCGGCGAGCCCAGUCCAUUUCAAAGCAAACCAGACGCCACCACAUCCUGCCACACCUACUACUUCCCUCAAGUACGCAUGGACUGCAGCAACAGAGGUCUAACGGAGGUGCCUGCUGGUAUUCCCGAGGAUGUAGUGCAUAUCGACCUGUCCCACAACUCCAUCCGUCACCUCAAAGCAAAAAAUUUCCAAGGAGCAAAGAGCCUUAAAACCUUGAACAUCAGUCAUAACAACAUGGAGCACAUUGAAACAGCGUCCCUGUUCGGGCUCUUACAUCUUCAAGAGUUGGACCUGUCUGGAAACAGCCUCCAUUUCAUCCAGUAUGGGGUUCUAGAGGACCUCUACUUCCUGUCCAAACUGAAGCUAGGGGGAAACCCUUGGGUGUGUGACUACAGCAUCCACUACAUGGUAUAUUGGCUGCGUCUGCACCCGGGGGUGAAGCACACGGGCCUGCUGUGUCGUUCCCCUCUCGAACACACCGGCGAGAGCGUGGAGCAAUACGUGCGCUCCUACAACAGAGAAUGUCCCAGAAACAAGCAGGAGAGUCAGCGGGACGAAACCCAAGCGGACGCUCUGCUCUGGAGCACAUCCCUGGAAGCGCAGGGAGAGUUGGAGGAGGAAGUCGAGCCCAGCCACUUGAGGCGGCCCCAGAAGUAUCAGAUUAUUAGACUGUCUUGAGUCCAAAAGACGUCACCUCUGGCUUUGAAUAGGUUUUGUUUACAACGUUCCACACUUCUAUUUCCUUUCCAUAUUGUCAAAUAGUCUGUAUCAGAUUAACAAUCUACCUUUUGUGUGCAGUGUAUUCUUAUUUAGAAUCCAAAAAUAUGGGAAUGACCUAGACUAUUUUCACCUUUUUCUAUUGGGGAGAAUUAAAAAAAAUAUAUUUAAAAUAUUACAAAAGACUGUCAAAAUAUUGUUGCUUCAUACAACUCACUGUAUGAGAGAAGAAUUUUACAUUGUAUAUAUCGUUAUACAACAUUAGCUUAAUAUUUUUGUGUUAAACUAAACACAUUUUAAUUAUGAGGAAAAUAUUAAAGUCACUGUUUCACUUUUU